UCAAGACAGGAAUAUAGAAAAUAAAAAUUAAAGAAGGAAACCGAAAUCGAACUCCAAAAUCACAUUAUAGAUUUGAAUCGACAAAACGUGGGAAGCCGUUUAAUUCCUCUUUCAUGCAUCUUAACUUUUUUCCCAUAACAUAUUCACAAAAUCAUUCAAACCAAAAUCUUUUCAUAUGGUACAUAAAAUCAUCAUAACUUGAAAUAAUGUUACACCAAAGUAGAAAUCAGUUUCGUACUACCAACACUCACCAAAAGCAAAAUUAACCCAUUCCCAUUAUUUAAUUUUAUUUUAUUAAUAUGUGCAAUUAAAAUCUACCCCCCCAUACUUUCUUGUGAUUCUUCACUAUACAUCAAUCCCACCCCUAUAUAUACAUACAUGUAUAUAUAAAAACACCAAGAACACACACACACACACAUACACACACACAAAGAUGUUGGGAAAGAGUGUUGCUAUGAGUUUUAUUUUGGCUGCCGUUUUGGUGGCUUGCGGCGGUGAGGCGAGGUUGGCGCGUGAGAGCUUUGUCGGGACAAGGGGGACUCAAUUUGUGGUGAAUGGGAGGCCAUUUUAUUUCAACGGCUUCAAUUCGUAUUGGUUGAUGUAUAUGGCUUCGGACCCGUUGACUAAGGAAAAGGUGACGGAGACUUUUGCACAGGCUUCUGAGUAUGGAAUGAAUUUGGCGAGGACUUGGGCUUUUAGCGAUGGUGGCAAUAGACCCCUUCAGAAAUCCCCGGGCUUGUAUAACGAGGAUAUGUUUAAGGGCCUCGAUUUCGUGGUGUCGGAAGCUAAGAAGCAUGGGAUUUAUUUGAUAUUGAGCUUGGUGAACAAUUGGGAAGGUUAUGGAGGAAAAAAGCAAUAUGUGCAAUGGGCUAGGGAUCAAGGCCAAAACUUGAACAAUGAGGAUGAUUUCUUCACUAAUCCUAUUGUCAAAGGAUACUAUAAAAAUUACGUCAAGGCUGUGCUAACAAGAGUCAACUCAAUAACUGGAGUGGCGUACAAAGAUGAACCCACCAUAUUUGCAUGGGAGCUCAUGAACGAGCCUCGUUGCCAGUCUGACCUCUCCGGAAAAUCUAUUCAAGAUUGGGUUGCAGAAAUGUCAACUUAUGUAAAAUCUAUUGACGCGAAUCAUCUUUUGGAAGUCGGACUGGAAGGAUUUUAUGGAGAGUUUGUGCCCGGAAAGAAACAAAAUAAUCCUGGUGGUAUUGAAGUUGGUACUGAUUUCAUCUCCAACAAUCGUAUCCUCCAAAUAGACUUCACAACAAUUCAUAUAUACCCUGACCAGUGGUAUAUAUUUCAUUGCAUUAUUCAUUCAUAAAAGCC